UUUAUGUAUGUCUGUGCAAGUGCAAAUGUUUAAGUUGUUUGAUGUUUAACAGGUUAGGUUCACUCAAAAUUUUUAGUUCAAGCAGAUGGUAAAGAAAUAGAUUAUUGCUGGUGUGAAUAAUCAAAUCUAUCAAAGGAUGGAUUCAAGUGAUGAUGCGAAUUCUCCAGACAUGUUUGAUACUAUUCUUAAUAGGCCUAGGCAGACUAUUCCUAACAACGGCCAGGUUAGAGAAGGAUUGUCAAGUUCCGUUGGAAAUUCCCCUGUUGUCAGCAAUAAGAGUGAGGAUGAAGAAACAAAUAGUCCAUGGAAAGUAAACUUCCCUAUUUUCAGAUUACCCAAAGUUGCAGUAAAGGAAAAUAUCAUUUUAUGCAUUGAAAACUCACAAGACAAAGGUUUGGGAUACACAUUCUCUGACUUAGAUAAGAACACAAAAGAACCUCAUCCUCUUUCAAUCAGAAACGAAGCUUUGAGGAUGUUUAUGGUAAACAAACUUGCAAUAGCCAAAGAUACAGAAUUUUCAAUUGUAUCGCUGGAGUCUGGAAAACUCAAUCGCCUCUCUCCUCUCACUUCCAACAUAGGUAUUCUAUCAAAAUCACUAAGAGAGUACAGAUAUAUUUCCAAUGAAGAAACUAACAAUAUUCUUGAUAUCUCGCCCAUUUUCAGUGAUCUUCCAAAGUUGUUUGACAUUCCCGAAAGUUCUAAUAAUGUGACUCUGAUCCCCCCAAACCACAUUGUAAGAGUAAUCUUUGUUUACAGUAAUUCGUAUAGAGCACCACAAGUAAACACCAAUGACCCUUCAUAUUCAAAGUUGCUGUUAUCUCCUUUCUUCUUCCUUGAUGUGUUUUAUCUGCAUGAAAAACAGUCAGACUUUAAUGUGGUCGACAGAAUAUAUAAAGAACUUGGAAAAAUUGUGUCUCCAACUUCAUAUUUGUUGGAGAGUUCAAGAGACGUAACUAAAGUUUUUAACAACACAAUGAAACUAUUGGCUCAUCCAUAUCAACGUGUCCUUGACACUGCGUGGAACUUUUGAUCCUUUACCUAUUGGAACUUCGCUACGUCUGCAAUAUAAAUUUUCAUCAGUCCAUAUGUACCCUAACCAAACACAUUAAGAUGUAAUACUACUUAGGGUGUAAUAUUUCCUUCUUAUCUCAGGGAUGCCUGUAGUUAAUUUACAAACCAAGGUUCAUGGAUAAUCACGUUAAUUAACUUGUGUGAUGUUCAUGUCCUUUAAUGUUUAAUAUUUUGGAUGCAGUUAAAUAAUAUUUUAGACAACAGUUCAAGCUCAUGGAAACCAAGGUCCAUAAUUUAUUUAUUUUUUAGAAGGUAGUCACUUAGGCCCCUAACCUUAAAUCUUGGGACUGAGACCCAGUUUGAUACACCAAUGGGCUGCACUUUCCUUUAGGUCCUACACUCAUUCGAAUAAAAUAUUGAAUAUUGGAUUGUUUCAUUCGAUCCUAUCGUUUGGUUAACUAACCAAACGAUAUAUUGAAUAAAACGAUCGAUUAAUCGAUAUAUCGAUCGAUAUUUUAACUCGAAUGAGUGUAGGACCUAAAGUAAAGUGCAGCCCACCAAUGCAUUCUUAAAACGCUAGGACAUAUUCAAAGUGUUUGCUUCAUGUAGCCUAAGUUAGUGCUUAUUUUGAUUGCAUUAGACCUACAUGAACUUCUCUAACUCUUUAUUUGAUUGGGUAUAAGUAAUGCUCCAGUGUAGCUACAAUUUGUUUUGUAUGGUAUGUUCAAUAUGUUAGGUAUUUGUCUUAUUUUUAUAAUAAUCUACACUCGACACUUACGCUAAACGAGUCUUUAUGAUAAAGUUCUGAAAUUUUAAAUCCUUGGCAACUAUAAACUUAUUAUUACUACUUAUUAUAGCUGCACUUUCCUUUAGGUCCUACACUCAUUCGAAUAAAAUAUUGAAUAUUGGAUUGUUUCAUUCGAUCCUAUCGUUUGGUUAACUAACCAAACGAUAUAUUGAAUAAAACGAUCGAUUAAUCGAUAUAUCGAUCGAUAUUUUAACUCGAAUGAGUGUAGGACCUAAAGUAAAGUGCAGCCCACCAAUGCAUUCUUAAAACGCUAGGACAUAUUCAAAGUGUUUGCUUCAUGUAGCCUAAGUUAGUGCUUAUUUUGAUUGCAUUAGACCUACAUGAACUUCUCUAACUCUUUAUUUGAUUGGGUAUAAGUAAUGCUCCAGUGUAGCUACAAUUUGUUUUGUAUGGUAUGUUCAAUAUGUUAGGUAUUUGUCUUAUUUUUAUAAUAAUCUACACUCGACACUUACGCUAAACGAGUCUUUAUGAUAAAGUUCUGAAAUUUUAAAUCCUUGGCAACUAUAAACUUAUUAUUACUACUGGAGUUUGAUUAAUAGCUUCUGGAUCUGUUUAUGCAAGCCCUCAAUAUAACCUAAAUAGGCCCACUAACUAAAUAGAAACUGCUAUGGGAUUUGAAAAUGUUUGUUACGGUAUAUCUAUUAUUGUAUUUUCUAAGAAAACCUUGUAAUGGUAACUAUUAAAAUAUACCAACAUGUGUGCCUAUUGAAAGGCUAUUGGUUUUAUUUGCAACAACGCCUACACAAAUAUUAAUUUUAAAAUCCGAUUUGGGUUUGUAAGUAGACUGUAUGUAUAUGUAUUUGCAAAAUUUAUUUCUUGUAUAUUAAUAAACAUUUGCAUAUA